AGCAAGUGCAAGCCGGAAGUGGGGACAGAGUUUCAAACUGCAAUCAAGGAGGCAGCUCGUCUUUUCUCAAACACCAGACAUACAAACAUCACUUAGGAACUAUUUGGCAACCAUACAAAAGGUUUGGGAGAGGCAAAAGAGACAUGAUGAGGACAUACAAGGAGGCUCAAUUAUUUGUACUCAGUGCAGUUGUGGCAGCUGUUCAUACCUUCACAAUAGAAAGACCUCAGGCAAAAGUGGAAGUGAAAAGAGGAGACAAUGCUACCCUACAGUGCCUUAUCCACAGCUCAACUACUAGUCGAAAAAAUGGAGACACUGUUUCCUGGAAAAGAAUACAGGACUCGGAGGAUUUUGCUGUCAAGGAUCUUGGUACUGGUUUUGAAUAUAAAGGAGACAAUUACAAAAAGCGUUUGACUUUCUCUGGCAAUGGAAACAGUAACAAUGUCAGCAUCACCCUCAGUCAGGUAACCAUGGAGGACCAUGGAACCUAUGAGUGUUCUGUCCAGCUUCUUGAGGAAUUUCCAUCAAAAAAUGUAAAGAUAGAACUUGUGGUUCUUGUGCCUCCAUCUAAACCUGUAUGCACAAUAAUAGGGAAAGCACAAUAUGGACAAAAUAUUAACCUAACCUGCAAUUCUGUGGAAGGAUCUCCACAACCUAAAUAUACCUGGCAAAGUUAUGAUGCACAAAAUCAGCUUCGGCAACUUGGAGGAACACAACUGCCAGAAGGAAUGCUUAUGUUGAAGAAUGUUUCUGCAGACAUCACUGGAUACUACAUAUGCCUCUCCCAAAACUCAGUUGGACAAGAAAAAUGCAACAUCAGUCUUGCUGUGGUACCGCCAUCUAUGAAUUUUGCCCUCUAUGGUGGAAUUAUUGGUGGAGUUGUUGCUGCAGUCAUUAUUAUCGUCAUUGUGGCUUACUGUUGUUGCUGUAGGAAAUCAAAGGAUAAAGACUAUGAACUAACGGAGACAGAAAAUCGUUACCAACCACCACAUGUACCUGUAAAAAUCCGAGGACCUGCUGAAGAAGAGUUGCAGGAGGGAGAGGAGAGGGAGGAUGAGAACCACGGUCCAGAAAUGCCACCAGCCCUCAGAACAUCUGCAGAGUCUUCUGAAGCUGUGGCCUAGAAACAAGCAUUUCCAACAGGGAGGAGGAAAAUAAAAAUGCAUACAUGGACUAUUCCUCUCUCACUUCUCUAGUGUGGCUUUCCAGGACAUUAUGCACAAUGGUAGCAGAGAAGGAUCUGCUGGUGUAACAGUUAUGGGAUGCACUGAAGCACAGGAAGAACAGGCAGUUUAUAAGCCAAACCAGGUCCCAGGUUUCCUUCUCAAUUUUGCCCAGAAAAGGAAAUUACAUUAUAACCACUUAGAAAUAAAUUACUGAAAUUACUCUGUUUUUCUUACCUAUUAGCUACAUUUUGUCUAUAUAUUUUACUAAUUGUAAUUAAUAAAAUCGACAAUCAUGAAAUCACUUUUAUUCCUUUUCAAAAUGGCAAUUAACCUCAACUGUAAGUUAUACUUCCAAGACAAUAAUCUUCUUCUUACUACUAUAGCUAUUUUGAUUAAUAAUUUCUUUAUGUCUAAACACUCCCAUCCAGCACUGGGACAAAACCAUAUAUAAUAUCCACAGUUUCUCUUAUUACAACUACAAUCCUGUAAUCAUUUAAAUUUAUAACUUCUCUACUAUUAAUAUCAUUGAAAAAUCUUUUUAUGCAGUAAUUUCUUUACUUUAGCUCUAAUCUCCUGCAUCUAGUAAUAAGGCAAAACCACGUAUCAUUUCUAACCUAAGAAGCCUUUCUUUUACAAAGUCCAUUCCUAAUAAGAAUUUCCAAUUUCUGCAUGCCUUUUUCAGAUUUCAGUACUUCUUCCUUGUCUUUCAUUUUUCUCUUCUCUGAAGUUAUAGGACCAUCCCAGUCUUUUUCCAUCCCUUGAGCUAUUAUUACAAAUUGGACUUGCCUCUUUUCCAGGUUUUCUUCCAUCCCAUCCCAUUCUUCAUCUGCAUCUCUUCCCAAAUCUUCAUUAUCCAUUACUGCUAUCUUUUCAUUAAUUACCUGUCUCAGCAUUCUCAUUUGCAUAUAAAUCUCUUGCCAAGUUUCAUUGACAGCCUGAUCCUCCUCUUCUGUUUCUUUAAGUAGAACAAUUUCAACUUCUUUUCAAUAUAUAGUAGCAGCGGAAGUCUAAAUUCACUCAGGGGCAAAACAGACGGCCCUGAAGGAGUGGCAUCAUGCUGCUCCUUUGAUCACUGGAUUGAGGCUGCAGCAACCGCACUCCAUGGCCCCGAUCCAGCAUUUUCCCCCAAAUCAAAAAGAAGCAGCAGAAAACUGCUCCGUUUUGAGCUGGGAAAAAGUUGGCUUUGCUGCUGUGGCAAUGGCUUUUCAGUGUUUCUGCAAUGUGGCGUAUGUAAACACCACCCCACAUAAAUGCCAUGAAGCUGCCGCAUCUGUGGUCAGCCGUGCAGCUUCCCAGCAGCCUGGGGUAUGUGCUGUCUGAAUGUCAUGUCCCCAUGCUGCUGGGAAGCCAGCUCUUACUGCCGGUCUGUUUUGCCCCUUUAGUUCACCAACAUCCAAUUGUUAUGUCUAACUGCUUAAUCUAGUCAGUUCAGUCCUGAUUCAAUCAGUUCUCAUGGUUAUAUAUACAUUAUUUUUUUUAAAAAAAACAACUCAAUUCUUUCUUUUACUUAUCCUAAAAUUCCUCUUCAGCCAUAGAAUUCCUUAAACUACAUGUUUGAUUUUUUGACUUUAAGCAUAGUUUACUCUUCCUCCUCCACUCAGCAUACUCAGUCCUAUUAAUAGAGUCAGGGUUCCUACUGGGCUUCUUCUCACCCUUUCAGUGGGGACAGCUUCUUUAAUUUAUCCAAAUGUCAAAAAACCAAAAGGUUUUAAGAUGGCAUGCAACGAUUUUAAAGUCUGUGUGCAGACCACUUGACUUUGGUAGCUGGCCAAUGAUGUUCUGCCCCUCCCUCCAUUCUUUACCUGUGAUGAGUGCCAGGGCUGUCCUAUUCCAGUCCAUCAUGUCUGGGUAUCUAAUUUGCAUAUUAUGCAAAUUAUUACAAUUGUGCAAAUUGCUAACUUGCAUUCUGAUUAUGCAAAUUCAACACAUUAAUCAUUGCACUUUUUCUACCAUUACAUU